UAAUUCUUGUUGUGGUAUAUUACGAAUAUGACAUUUCGGGUGUAUAUAUAUUUUUUUAAUGGAAGUGGUUUGGGGAUUUAUUUUUUUAAAUUGUCCACGGGAACGUUAAAGUAAACUCCCGCGUCGUAGACCAGCUUUCGGUAGCUAUAAGUGUUUAUUUUGAGAUGAGGUGAUGCUGUUUGUGUUUUCAUAGUUGAAUGAAACUCGUUAGCAGGCUAAGUUAUCGAGCCGAGAUAAAGUUAGCUUGCGAGCUCGAGCAGCUGUGUGGUGAAGAGAUCAGGAAAUAAUAACAUGACAACUUAAAUAGCGUUUAUAUCUGGACAAAUAUUGCAUGCUGAAUAUUUCCAACGUUAUUUAAAAUAAUAAUGAUCAUUUGAUAAUUGCGUAACUGUCUAAUGAAAUCGUCUUAGCUAGCUGGCUAACGUUACAGUGAAUGACACGUCGUUAUGCUAGUUUGUCUGGUUAGCUUGUUGCUAAUAAAAGUAGUUUCACAAACCUGACAGAAGUUGAUGGCCUAAACGGUGAGCGUAAUGAUGGCUGAUGUUGAGAAUGGUGAUCAGACGUUGGACACGGUGAGUUUGCACACAGUGGGCAGUCAUUUUGGAGAUUACGGAGAUGAUGGAGAAAGCUCUCUGGCCUCAGACUCCGAGCUCAACGGCUUCCCAGCCUCCAGAGAGACGGACAAGUACGGUUUUAUUGGAGGAGCGCAGAAGUAUUCAGCCGAAUUGGCUCAGGAAGUUCCUCCAGAGGUGUUGAGGCAGAGGGAGCUGAAAUGGUUAGAGAUGCUGAAGGACUGGGACAAAUGGAUCAGCAAGAGAUUUAAGAAGGUGAGGCUGCGAUGUCAGAAAGGAAUCCCUCCAUCGAUGAGAGGCAGAGCCUGGCUUUACCUGUCAGGAGGGAAAGUAAAGAAGGAGCGAAACAGCGAAACGUUCAAGGAGCUGGACAAAAUGGACGGCGAUCCAAAGUGGAUAGACGUGAUCGAGAGAGAUUUACACAGACAGUUCCCUUUCCAUGAGAUGUUUGUGUCACGAGGAGGACAUGGGCAGCAGGAUCUGUUGCGGGUACUAAAGGCCUACACACUCUACAGGCCUGAUGAAGGUUACUGCCAGGCUCAGGCUCCUAUCGCUGCAGUUCUGCUCAUGCACAUGCCUGCUGAGGAUGCGUUUUGGGGUCUUGUUCAGAUCUGUGAGAAAUACCUUCCCGGUUACUACAGUGCAGGCUUGGAGGCGGUUCAGCUGGACGGAGAGAUCCUGCAUGCGCUGUUGAAGCGAGUGUGUCCUAUGGCAUAUCGACACCUGGACAAGCACAAGAUUGAGCCGGUGCUCUACAUGAUGGAGUGGUUCAUGUGCGCCUUCUCCAGAACCCUGCCCUGGGCCUCGGUCCUCCGAGUGUGGGACAUGUUCCUGUGUGAUGGAGUGAAGAUUAUAUUCCGUGUGGGUUUGGUGUUGUUGAAGUCCAUGCUGGGGUCUCGGGAUAAGCUCAAGGCCUGUCCGGGUCAGUAUGAGACUAUGGAAGUUCUCCGAGCAAUUGAACCCAGAUACAUGCAGGAGGCUUUCUUAGUGCACCAGAUCCUGGAGUUGCAGGUCACUGCACGGGACGUGGAACGCGAGCACCGUACGCAGCUGAAGCGCUGGAAGAAGAAGCGCGGCGAGCCCAGCCGCAAACCCCCCCAGAGAAUGCACAGUGCUCGAGCCAUCAUGGCCACCGAGCCUCAUACACGCCAUGACCUCCGCCAGAACCCCACCAUUAUCGUCCAGUACCCAUCAAUCCCUGAGGAAAUGUCCGAGUCGGGCCACAGGAAGAAGAGAGGCACCUUGAAGAAAAACCAAGCCCCGUUUCCUAGCAUCCCUAACCCCUACGCCCUACCUAGUGAGUCUAAACCUAGUGAGGUAUUGGAAAUUCCUAGUCAGCCUCUGACCACAGAUGAUCAAGAUGUUGUUCCUCCAAGUCCACCAUCAUAUCCACCUCCGCUCCCUAUAAAGCAGGAAAAUCAGCUCAGAGAGACAAACGCUUCUACACAGCAACUCUCGUCCUCGAAUUCCUCCCUCAACCAGAAACCAGCAGAAUCGCUCUCUCUGCAGAAUCUAUCACUCCAUACCACCCCUACAACACACACAUCACCCCCAGAGUGGCGUUCUCACCUGCUGGACACUCCUCCUGUCCAAUUUCUGGAACCCGUCCCUAACCAUGAUGACCUCCCUAAUAAUACUGAAAACUCGGCCGCCGUUCUGGAUCCGUCUCCAUCCCCAAGCCCAACACACAACGCACAUGACGACGAAGAAUCGACUGCUGGUCCUGAGGACAAAAACAGCACUCCGCACAACUCCACAGAGAGCAUCACUGGCUCAGAGGACACCUACUUGUAACUCGCUCACUGUCGCCACCUGAUGGCUUGGAGGAACAGGAAGCUGCAGAGCUGGGAGCAAUAUUUACAUUAAUUUUGUGUUCAGUCGCUUAUUUGAGUAGGAGCAGGGGGUUGGUUGUUGCAUAACCUGCACGUCUAUUCACUCUUAAACAAAUGAUUUAAAAUUAAAUUUACACAGUUCACCCCAGAGGCUGUCGAAGUGUUUGGUGUCUGAUGUUCACGUCGUCUUUAGUUUUACACUCAAUCAGACACCAAAAUGCCCUGGAUGAUUGACUGGAUUUGGGAUGAGGGGAAAAUGGUGUAAAUUUAACUCCUUUUUUCUUUCUUUUUCUACGAAUUGUAUUUCUCUUAUUCACUACGGAAAGAUGAAAAGAAACAACGAGAGGUCAUUUGAGGUCCAGUGAUGUCAGAGAAAGUCCUGGGAAAACACUGUGUCUUCAGCAUCUCGCACACCGCCAUCUUGGUGCCACUGCGGUGCUGAGAUUCAUCCACCACGGUCACGCUGUGGUCUACUCAGAUUUCCUGUCCAUUAAUGGAUGGUGUCGAGGACGGCUGACAAAUUGUACGCUUUGCACCAGAUGAUCUCCAGUCACUAUUUAUAUACCUAAAAAGGGCUUCAACUGCUAGAGUGUACUUCAGUAAUGGAGGCUUAGACUCACACUUGCCAUGUGGGACCACACACACACGCGUUAAACAAAAUAAAUUCCUGGAACUUUGACAUGCGAGUCCCGAAAUCUGUUGGGAAGUGGAGAGACACUACUUUAGGACUAACUUUUAACUCUCAAACCCAGACCAGUAUUUGAGGUUUUUGUGUGCGAGUCUCUACAUCUGAUGCUUUACAUCCAAGUCGCCGCGUUUGAGGCUGUAUAUCCGAGGUUGUACGGCUGUGGCUCUGUGCCUGAACCUGUACAUCUGAGGAUCUACCUCCUGAGGCUGUGUGUGUAUGGCUUGACAUUUGAGGCUCCGCAUCAGAGGCUUUGCAUCCGAGGCUCUUCCUUUUGAGUCUGCUUUCUCUUACUCUCUUAUUAGGUUCAUGUGAUGUCAUUCUGACACAAAUGAGGUCAUUUUAACACGUUUGUACGUUAACGGCGUUGGUUAGAUCUGCACAGCGGGCAUGUGCCAAUAUUCAGUUUUCAUAUCACUUUUUGUAGCACUACUGUGUAUUUGUCACAUUUAUAUGGAAUUAUUUUUUUUUUUUAAAAAACACCUUUAGCCCAACGUUUCUGGCAUUCUUGAAACUUUUGUCUGGUGAAAUUUUAAUUUGACUUAUGAGACAAUUUCUGAGCUCAGCUUAAAAAAUGUGGCCUGUUUAGUAGGGCUAGGUGAUUAUGAUUGCAAUAUCUUGUUACUUUAAUUAAUUAAGCCACCUUUAAGUCAGUAUGGUAUCAUUACUGCUUCUAUAAUCGUAUGAUUUUAAUAAUAAGGGAUAAUACGUUUCAUAAUUUCAGAUUUUUUUUAAUUGGUUGACUGUCCAGCUAUUUUAUACUUAAGUUAUUCCAUGAAAUCAAGUCAUACAUGAGCUGAUCGCACCAAGUCGGCUGUAAGCCAUGUACGACGAGAUUGAGUGGAAUCACUAUUUUAGUCUAUUCACAUUCACUGGAUUUUGAGAAACGGAGCAUUUUUAUUUUUUUGCAAAUUCGAUGAAUAAAAGCUUUAUACUAAACAUCCAACAAAAUAAUUUCCACUUAGAGUGCAAACCGACCGGCACAAUGACAGUAGCAAUUUGUGGAAAAUGCUAUAAUUCUUGAAAAAAAAAAAAAAAAAAAACUUACCAUCAAAUACCUUUAUUCCAUAUUUUGCUGCUUCUGUAUUUUUUCGGGAUUUGCUUUUGAGUUGAGUUUUUAUUUCGUCCUCGGUUUUGUUCAGCAACACGCUCUACCAUUUUCUUCUUCUUCUUUAGGGUUUUUUGGCGGUUGGCAAACCAACAUAAAGGUACAUUACCACCACCAACUAGGCUGGAGUGUGGAAUAGGAGAUAUUGGGGGGGGGGGCUAUAUUCUUUUAGCUAUUUCUGUUUCUUUUAAAUACUUAAUAAAGUGAUAUAUCUGACUUGACGCGCUCCACCAUUUUUGUUUUUUUUCUCACAGUAUAUGAGCUGAUAUCCUAGUAGUAGAUUAGCCAAUCAGAGUGCACGAUUGCUCAUAUCCAGUGAAUGUGGACAGAAUAAACAGUUUUUUUUUUGCUCUCCUGAGUAUUGAUUGAUUUCAAAAAAGUCUUAAUUCAUAGGUUAUCAGAUAUUUAAACCUGGCACUAACGCUCGACCCAGUAAUACUACGUUCAGUUCAGUUCAUUUCAACGUAUAGUUAUUCAAAGCAGGGUGAUUUAAUUUUUUUUUUGUCAUACACGUCUUGCCUCACGUACCGUAUAUGAUACGAUGUGAUAUAUUUGUGCCGUAAUUUUCCACCACUAUUCCAGAAACCAGCUCUUUCUGAACCGAAUGCAGGAGUAUUUUUUUAUUGUUCAUGUGAUAUGUUGUAGAAUUGAUUAUUGGCACAUGUCUACUGAAUAGCAGGUCUUUUAUAUGUUACAGUUUGCUCAGGUGGAACUGCAAACCAUCUGAGAAAGGGAGAAACUCUUUGAUGAAUGGUUUUCUUGCAUCAGCCACUAGAGGGCAGACUUACUUUAUCCAAAGAAAUGUACACACACACUUCACAAAUAUGCUAAAGUGCCUGAGGCGUCUUUACUCCUUCCAGCCUUCAGAAGGGAAACUCCAGAAAUAUACAGUACAUGCGUAUUAAUUUGGCAGAUUUUUUACCCCCUUUAUCCAAAGCAGCCCUAGUUUUUGGAUUUGUAUUUCACAUCCUUAACUAUUUCAUUCAUCACGGCUCCAUGAUGAUCGCAACAAUCGUAUAAUAACCACAUAAUUUUCAUUAACAUAAUCUUAACAAAGUGGCACGUCCUGUAAACUUUAUGCGCAAAAACAAAAGUCAAACUGAGAACUUUAUUGCUGAUUAUCUUUCUACUUAUGCAGGGAAUUGUGUGGUGGAGGAGCUAUAUAAUCUAAUACUAAUGAUAAAGAGCUUGUUAUUCAACAAAGGAAAAUGUAUAAUCGUCGAUGUGGUCUUUCACGUUUAUGGAAGGAGUCUCCAGUGUCAGCGUAAUGUUUUCUGUUACUGGAGCAUCUUCAAGACGACGUAACGUCACAAGGUGGAUUUAAAAUUGAAAAAAAUUUAAUCAGUUUUAUCUUUUUUUUUUAAACGGUUUUCUAGGUGUGCCAAGUUGAAAGCUGUAUAUCCAGAUAUCCCAGGAGUUCCAGAGAUGUUUGGAUAAGUCCUGAAUAAAACCUGUAACUCUUAACUGCUGCUCAAUUUGUUCUGGAUUACGUGUCACGUGUUAAGUUGCCUUAAAAGAGGGGGGAAAAAAACCCUGCCAAAUAAAUAUUUGUAAACGGUUUUGUUCAUUGUUACACGUUACAUGUUGCACUCAUUCUUACAUAACUUGUUAAUGCGAGCUGUUACUUUAUUUCUAAUGGCUGGAGCUUUGUGACACUAGUUUGUGUUUUUUUUUUUAAUUUUCAGAGAACUUUAUUAUACACACUUAUAAGAAUUUACUUCUAAAUUUACUACUCAAGAACUGAACUUUUAUUUUGUAAAUGUUCCUAAAGAUUUAGCUCUAUUGUCUUACCUUUUUGUCAAAAUUGAGUAUAUGAUAUUGCUUUCACGACCGUAACUGCUAAACCUUUAAUAAUUUGCAAUAUUAUUAUAAACUGUAUCAGAGAAACAACUUUACUAAUAAUUGGAAUUUUUAUUUUUUUUUCCGAGAAGGACUCGAAAUGAGAUGCUGUGUGGGAGCAGAAAUGCUGACUUCCCAGGAAAGGUCAUCCUUAAGGGUGGUAUUUGAAUAUUUGGGGAGAUGUUCAUAGUAACAAUAUGGCGAAUAUAUUACAUCGAAUCUAAAAAUCUGUUAUUCUGUAGAUGUUGUACAAUCAGAUGUCUCCUAAUAAAAACAAUAACCAGA